UAUGAAUCGGAAAUCGCUAGAAUUGCUUUAACCUUUAAAAACAAAAAUUGUUUUCGUAUUUAUAAAUUUAAAUUUGUACAAUUUCAAUGAUGAACGAUCUGCCUAGUAUUCUAAUAGUCAGCUCUAGCAACACAAAACCCCAAUCUAUCAUCAAACUUUUAACAAAAGAAACUCCGGUGGAGUAUCCGCCAGGACUCUUUAAGCAAUUAUGGAAAAUUGAUACAAAAUAUUACUCCGCUAUAGUAAAUUUAAUUGGAAUGCACGUAAGUUACAAGAGAAACGAGGAGUUCAAUAAACACAUUGAAGCUCUUAUAAUACAUAUGGAUUCUAAUAAAUCCACUGGUCUAGAGGAGUUGAAGCAAUGGGAGGAACUAGAGACAGAUUGUGACCCAGAGAUCAAAUUAAUUAUUGCAAAUUACUGUAAUGAAGACACAAAAAUAACUAAAACAGAAGCCACUGAAUGGUGCUUAAAUAAGGGCUUCGAACUAAUUGAAUUAUACCCUUCAGAUGAGCAAAGCAUUCAAAAUGCAGAACAAGACAUAAUCCAGGAAAAAUUUGGUAUACAUAGAGUUGUUGAAGCUUUACAAGCACACACCUGGUCAAAUUUAGUAAUGAAAAAAUUCAAAAACAACAAAGCAGAAAAGCCUGAUUCUCCAGCAGAAGACCUUUCAGAGGAAGACAAUUUUUCUGAACUGUUUUCCCAUUUACACAUGAUGAAAGACAGUCUGCAAUCUUUGCCUUUGAAUCAGAGGAAACAGUGCGCAGAACAAAUGGUGUCUGCUUUUUGGAAUGCUAUUGGGGGAGAUGAAGAAGAACUAUCAGACUUGUAAUGAUCAAUAUUUUAUUUAAAAUAAAAAAAACCUACUAUUAAUGCAAAUGUUCAGGCAUUUCUUGUACUUCAACUUUGGUAGCUUUCAAAGCUACUCCUUCAGGCAAAUUCCUUUCCACAUAUUCCAAAAGAGUGUCAGCAGUUGAGCCUGUUAAUUUGUGGUAUUGCAAAAAGGCAUAAUAAGUUCUAGUUUCAUACUGAACCCUGUGUUUCUUGUAGAUGUGCACUGACUUCAGAACGGUGUAACGUUCGUGCACUGGUUUCUUUAAACUCCAC